AUGAAGCCUUCUUCAAUUCUCCUUCUCGCCGCUGCCGGCCUUUCGUCCGCUCUGCCGGCUCAGCCAGGUACCGCCAACACCGGUGUCCAGGCCCGAGACAGCCGAUCUCUCUUCGGCCAUGCCAUCAACGCCAUUGCUGCCCGCAACCUGGUCCCUCUCAACGCCAACACGGCUGCUCCCCCUCCUGCGGCUGAUCCCGCUGCCGGAAAGAAGGAGGCCCCUGCUGCUGCUCCUCCUGCUGCUAAGCCUACGGACAAGAAGGCUGGCGAUGACAAGAAGGCUGGCGAUGCCAAGGCUACUGAUGCCGCGGCGACCACUACCGCUGCUGCUGCCACUACCACUGCUGCCGCCGCCGAUGCCGCCGCUACGACCGUUGCUGCUACCACCACCUCCGCGGCCCCGGCCAUUGAGACCACCGCCGUCGCCGUCGGCAACGGAACCGCCUCCGACAACGGCAAGGGCAAGGAUAAUGGAAAAGGAAACGGCAAGGACAACGGCAAGAACAACGGCCAGGGCAAGGGCCAGGGCAAGGGCCAGGGCAAGGGAAAGCAUAACAAUAACAACAAUAACAAUAACAACAACGGCAACAACGCUCUGAGCGCAGCCAUCGCCGGCGCCCUCAACACUCUCGGCCUCGACGGCGUCCUGGACGCCAGCUCCCUGGACAAGCUGAGCGUCGGCAGCCAGAUCUCUUUGUUGGCACAGAUCGUUUCCCUGCAGACUAUGAAGGAUCUGCAGAUGGUUGGCGGUCAGGACAUUGUUAUUGUGUUGAACCAGGGCUUUAAGAGCAAUGGACUCAAUAUCGUUAUCAACGCGUAA